CAGAACGAAAAGCGUUGGAAUAUUUCAGCCCACCGUAAGCGAGUUGUUGUUGCCUGAGGUUGGAAGCGUCCGCCCUGCGGGGUGGGGUGCCCGCUCCAUCGUCAGCGAUCGACGUCCAAUUACGACGAGGCGGCCAGCUAAGCCCCUCAUGAGGCACUUUUCAUCAUGACUGUCUGCCUGAUGGCCAACAAAUUACCUCCAACUCGCCAUCUAAAUACAACAGAUGUCUACUUUAAUCCAUUCUCAAAUUCCUUUUCCACCAUCCUGUGCUCCGAAUACAGACCGUCUCAGCCCUUACGAUGGCGUAAGCAUUCAAAAUGGCUCAUCCGAACCAGAAAACGCGGCAGGAUCUAUAACGCACGUACCAGGAGAUCCCUCUAUCAGUCUUCUCCCCGACAACGUCUAUAAUCAUCUCUCUCAUCACCUGGAAACUGUGCUCCUGGACGAGCUUUACGAGAAGCUCUGGAUUGUCGCGAAGAAGUCCAGCCGAAACAUUGACCCGCUCCAUACGCAAAAGGUCAAAGGCCGAAGCAUUGUCCCUACUGAGGAUCCCAGACUCCAUCUCACUUGGCACCCGGACAGAAUCUACAUAAAGCCCAUUCCUGUAUUCCUACUCAACUACGAAUUUUGGACAACAUAUCUACAGCCUUCGACACAGAAUUCAUCUUCAGGCUUCGACAGCUCGAUUGCAGUUGGAUUCUUGCGGUCAUAUGCUUUACUCGUGCCGCAUCGUCUGGAUUUCAUGUUGGCGAAAGAGGCCUACCUGAUUCCUGACGAUGUAAGUGACUGGCUUCAAUGGUCAAAAUUCAUCACCCACUUCCGCCAUCUCUCUGAUGAGAGCGUCGCGAGGCGAUAUCAUUACGGGCAGUUGCGCAUCUCGCGGCUGAACUGGGCCGUCCGAAUAUUCCGCCCGCGACACGCGAGGACGAUGUGGUUCUACGAGAUCCCCCAUUGGUCUAUCACCAGCUUUGUAUCGAGGGCGACUAUACCUCUGUUGUUUAUCUUUGCCGGUAUAUCCCUUGUUCUAUCAUCCAUGCAAGUUGCACUCUCAGUGCCGACAGAUGACCCUUGGUUUGAUGGGCUGAGCGAAUCUGGACUACAAGAUAUAGGUCGAGGAUUUUGGGUGUUCUCUAUCGCUAUGAUACUGGGUUGGGUAGCUCUCUGGGCCCUCUUUCUCAGCAUCCCAAUUGUUACCCUGGUAUGGCAAGUUUCAUGGGGAUUUGCGAGAGAGAAGAAACGACGUGCGAGGGUUUUUGCUGCUUGAAAUGAGGAACAGGCUGAGGUUGCCAACAGCCGGGUGGCGUUUUGGUAGGAACCGGCUUCUCGGUUAAGUGGAAGUCCUAGCCGCAGAUUCGGUCUCUCUUUCGAGGAGCAAGGUCGAAUGUCGGUACUCGAAACAGUUCAGGCGAGUGUUGGCGGGGAUGGUUGAUGGUAGCCAGGAGCGGCGGCCGGCCUGUCAGCAUUCAAUACAGAUGGAAGUGUUGUCAACCCGGGCCGCUACCCCUAUAUACUAGACUUAAUAUAUAGUGGCCCGUUCUCGUGACGCGCGCUCGGGUGAAUAUAUUUGACCGUCUCCCGUAGUGGUCUAUAUUACAAACCACUCGACUGUUAGGGUCGUCUGUCUGUAAGGGAGCACGGGCUCCACAGAAUGCUGGGGUUGGUAAUUAUGA